UAUACUGAAGAACCCGGAUGUUGUCAAUAGCAACACAACAAGCAAGAUGGCGGACACGGAAAGUGUUGAUACUCACGAUACAAGUAAUGAGGCUGGAGACGAUCCGUUACAGGAUUUAACAGAUGAACAAUUAUAUCAACUUGUUGAAGACACACAGCGUGCCAAUGAAGUCCUUCUUACAGAAACGCAAAUGUUUGAGAAAUACCUCAAGCGUGUUGAACCAAAGGAUGGAGCUGGAGCAGCAGCUGGCCCUGGUGCCACACCAUCACAGUCUUCACAAGAUCUUGUUCGUAGAGUUGAUAGAAAAAGGUCCAAGUCCCGCAGUAGUAACAUUGAUAAAUCCCUGCGGCUCACAGCAGAACAAAAAUGUGACAUUGCCCAAAGAGAAAUUGAUGAACUGAGAGAAGAGAUUGAUAAACUGAAGGAAGAGUCUGAAAAAGUCCUUGAUCUAUACAAGGCAAUAAUGGAGGAAGCUGAUCUUAGACUAGCAGAAACUAAGAAAGAGUCAUAUGAGUUUGACAGAGAUAUAAUGAAAGGUGCAGUCAACCAGUCGUCUGGAAAAGUUGUAGCUGAAAAGAUUGUUAGAUACUUUGAUGAUAAAAUACGAUCCAGGGAUACUUUGAUUGAAAAGUUAAGAUUGAAAAAUUCUACUUUGAAAGUUCAGAAGAAAAAGCUACAUCUUCAACUAAAACAGAAAGAGGAGAUGGGUGAAGUGUUACAUGAAGUCGAUUUUAAUCAGCUGAGAAUUGAGAACCAGCAGUAUUUAGAGAAAAUAGAUGAGAGGAACCAGGACUUGUUGAGACUAAAACAGAUGGCUGGUACCACAAUACAAGUACUCAACUCAUACAAGAAAAAAUUAUCAACAUUGACACUAGAGUCUGAGAGGUUAAAGUCUGAGAUUACAUCGAGGGCUGAUUUAUUGACGAGAAUUGAUGCCGAAACUACAGUAGUUGAAGCUGAGCGGUCCAAAGCUGAAAAGAGAAAUCGUAAAUUACGUCAACAGUUAGCGGACUAUCGUGUACCUGAAGUGAUGGAGUAUGUUUCCGAGAAAGCAGAUUUGUACGAAAUACAGAAAAAAGUAAAAAGUUGGGAAAGGAAAGUUGAAAUAGCUGACCUUACACUUAAACAGUGUAGGAAGUUGUGGGGAGGUAUAAGGGUGGAAGAAAGUAGGAAAAUGGUAUUCCAACCAUGGAGUGGGAGGUGGAAUUUUAGGCAACAGGAAAUAAUCAAGAUAAAUCAUGAGGAAAGGAGAGGUUGGUUAAAACUUUCUGUAUCUAAAAUAUGAUUUAUACAAAGUUGGAGAACGACAUGAUUGUGUAGAUGGAUUCAAUUUUAUCCUUUACCUGCGGAAUUUCUUAAAUGGACUUUUCCAGCUUCCAUCUUGAGAAUUGUCAAGUCUCAUUUUUGGAUUUAUCAAGAUGAAAAUUUCAAGUUAGUUUGCCUACAGUAUAGAGUCUGGUCAGACUGCACAGAUGCACAGUUUAAGGCCUGAUUCCAGUAGAUUAAAGUGGGGUUUCUAGCAAGUUUACGUCACAUUCUAGCCGGUAAAGGUCCAAUUCUAGCAGUUUAAGGCUCGGUCCUAGUGGGUAAAGGCCCAAUUCUAGCAGGUUAAGGCCCGAAUCUAUCAGGUAAUGACCUGAUUCAAGCCCAACAGGUUAAAGCGAGUUUCUAGUAGCUUAGGGCCCAAUGCU